AUGGAUAAUGCUAGAGCAAGUGGAUCUACGAGCCCUGUGAAGAAUUUUACCGAUAAAUUUGGAGAAAAUUUUGUUUUUCCGUACUGCGAUGACGCUACAAAACACCAGACAGUGGCAAAAAUAGGUGAAGGAACAUACGGAGAAGUGUUUCAAGCGCGACAUAAGGAUGAUCCGAAUAAAUUUGUCGCACUGAAGAAAAUUUUCGUGCCUAACGAAAUGGAGGGAUUUCCACUGACAGCACUGAGGGAAAUAAAACUGCUGAAAUAUCUGAAGCAUGAAAAUGUCAUCGAUUUAAUUGAAGUCUGCCAAAGCCAAAUUCUCCUGCACAAUCGACGGCGAUUCUCAUUUUAUUUGGUGCUCGAAUUUUGUGAGUAUGAUUUAGCUGACCUACUGUGUAAUUUGAAAGUACACAUUAGUCUGGCAGAUAUUAAAAGAAUAAUACAGCAAUUGUUAAAUGGGUUGUAUUAUAUCCACAUCAAGAGGGUAGUUCACAGAGAUUUAAAGCCAAAUAACAUCCUUAUUACAAAGGACGGUAUCUUGAAGAUAGCCGAUUUUGGUCUAGCACGAGAGUUUAGUGAUACUGAAUAUGGACAGAAGCAGUGUUAUACAAGUCCAGUUGUGGCAUUGUGGUACCGGCCACCGGAGGUUCUGCUUGGAGCCCGUCACUAUGGGUCAGCUCUUGACAUGUGGGGUGCUGGCUGCCUUAUGGCUCAGAUGUGGACACGGAGAGCAAUUAUGAGAGGCAAGAGUGAGCAGGCACAGCUAAUGAUAAUCUCAAAGCUUUGUGGUUCUAUUACUCCUGAAGUUUGGCCUGGUGUACAAUCACUUCCAUUGUACAACAAGAUUCAGCUGCCACAGGGACAAAGACGCAAGGUGAAGCCCUGGCUAAGGCAAUAUGUGAAUGAUCCACAUGCAUGCGAUCUCUUGGAUAAACUGCUAGUCCUCGACCCAUCAAAGCGGUACGAUGCCAACUUCGCCCUCGACCAUAAUUUCUUCUGGACGGAUCCUAUGCCAAGUGAUCUUACAAGGUUGUUGACCCAACAUAAAGAAAGCAACUUCAAGCGUGUAACAGCAGCACUUCAAUGUAAGGGUCGUAAGUUAUAG